GGAAGUGUUGUGGAAUUUCGUGACUGUCGUUGUUCGGCAAAAGAGUAUUUUGUAAGUAAAUUUGGGAUUAUUAAUUGAAUUACUCUAGUUGUGCUAAGUUGGGGACAUCUCUGGUCAUCUUGCUGGGAUAGUGAUUGUGUCCAGAAGUUUCGUUUUGAUUAAAAAGAAGAAUACCAUCGGAGCGUCGUGGUCAGAGAAUGUUAUAAUGGAAUUCUACGUGUAUUUUGUCAUUGUGGUUGUUAUCCUUAUUUCGCUGGCAACAUCCCUCAUCAUCAGCAAGUUGCCGCGUGGGAAAACCUUCGAUGAGGUGCUGAGUGAGAAGAAAAAAUUGGCUGAAAAGCUCUAUGGGACCACGGGAAAAAAGUCCCAGAAGAGCAAGAAGCAGCCUCCUAAUGCCGGGAAGAAGGGCAAGGAAAAGGCCAAAAAGGAAGUUGAGAGUCCUGCUGAGGAUUCUGUGGACACCUCAACGGAGAAACCUCCUUCUCCCAAGGCUCAUGUUGAAUUUGCCGAGGCUGAAGUCAUCACGGAUAGCGAUUCUCCACGGGCUAAGAAACAAUUGGGUGUGACGAAGAAGAGUGGCAAGAAGAAUGGUGGUGGUCGAGCGUCCGGAACAGGAAUUUUGAUAAAUAAAUCAGAGACUUCCGUCGUUAAAGCUACAGCUGCAGUGGAACCGAUGAAUCAUUUUGAGCAAAUACAGCCAAAAGAUGAUGCUGAAAUUUUACGAGCGGCCACUCAUAAAGAUGAAUCCACAGAGAGCAAUAGAAACCAACUCAACAGCCGAGGCGAUAAAAGUGCUGCAAAUAGAGAUAGUAAGAAAGGCAAAAAUCCCAAAUUGCCGGCAACAGCUGAUAAGGAAGAGAAAGCAGCAGUGUCAGUGGUUGUGGAGGAGAAAGUGAAUGUUAAGAAGGUGUCUGAGAAUGCUGGACAGAAAGAGAAGACAGCCAAGAAGGCUGCAGGUGGUGGAAAAAAGCAAGAAUCUACUGGACUGGCAGUUCAGAAGAUUAUUGCUGAAACUGAUGAGCUUGGUGUGAAUUUCCUCAUACCAUUGCUAGCAAAGGCUGAACUCAGUCGUUCAGAGAUUCAGAUUAUUAUUGAGUAUUUGCUCAAUAAACAAUCCGAUACCAUUACGGUUAAUCAUUCUGAGUGGACAGAAGGAAAGUCAGAUAUGAUUCAGAAAUUGAAGAAGCAGAUUGAGUUGAAGGAAAAGGCAUUGCAGGAUGAACAGGAAGCUAGUGCUGGGAUUCAGGCACGUUUGAGGGAAUUGCGGGCAGAGAUUAAUUUGGAAAAAAGUCAGUAUAAUGCCAAUUUGAAGGCAUAUCUUGAGGAGAUUGCUCAGAAGAAUAAGGAUAUUCAGAAUAUGUCUACGGACUAUCAGCAGCUCAAUGAGAAAUAUCUCAGUGAAAAGCAAUCCCUAACACACCAGAUGCAACAGCUCCAGGCAAAAUUGUUGCAGGAGAAGAAGACAAAUUCACAAGAACAUCUGCAGCAAAUUCAACAACUCACUGAAACUAAUAAUGUGCUAAAUAAUGAGAUUAUUACCAAAACUAAGUUGUUCAAUGAUGUCAAUGAGCAAUUUAAGAAGUUUGCAAGUGAGAAGCAUCAGUAUAUUGAGACAAUUAAGAAGGACUAUGAGAGUAAAUUGGCCGAAUAUGAGAUGAUAAUGCGCAAAAAAGAGGAUCAGCAACUCUAUAUGGAGCAAGACUUGAAGAAGAUUCGUCAAAUUGCCGAUCACGAUGCUGAGGCUUUGCGGCGUCUGAAGGAGAAUUUUGAAAUGAAGCGCUUCGAAGUUGAACAAUAUAAAACUCAAUUGGCAGAACUGACAAAGAAUAAUCACAAUAUGGAAGAUAUGGGAAAGGUUGAGAUUAGGAAUCUGCAGAAUGCUCUGGAUUCAUGCAAAACCGAUUUGACACGUUCCAGAAAUGAAGUGAACGAUUACAGGAACAAAGCUGAAGAUCUGGAAGCUCAAGUUGUAGAACUGAAACAACAGAUUAAUGUCUGGUCCAUCAAAAUUCGCGAGCAAACUGGUCAGAUGUCUGAAAUGGAUAAAAAUCUUUCGGGAUGCAAAAUCAACCUUGCAGAGAAGGAUCUGAAGUUGGCUGAAGCUGAAACGAAGAUAAGAUGCUUAGGGGAGGAGAGGGAACGCCUUGAGAAACAAAUUGAAGAUCUUAAACUGAAGAACAAUGAGUUGCGCACUAAAAACUGGAAAUUGAUAGAAGCGCUCAAAAGCGCUGAGAAUAAUGCUGUUAAGUUGCAAUCAAAUCGAUUGAAUAAUAGUGAUGAAAGUAGUUUAAAUAAACUUGAUACUACGGAGAUUCAGAGAACAGCUGCGCAAGAUGUAGAGAAUCGUACUAGGAGUAAAAUCAACAAAAUAUUCCCCAAUAUUCCAGCGGGACCCACACAGUAUGAUCAAUGGCUUGAUCAUGUUGGUGAUUACCUGAGGAAUCACUCAACGUCCGCGAGUAGUAUACAGCAUUCAGCAAUUAUUAAUAGUAGUACUAGCAAUAGUUGUAGAAAUAAUAGUAAUAGUGAAAGUGACGUUGGUGCUGCUGAUGGCAAAACUGUGACCACCAACAAUCACAGUGUGGAGAGUGAAGAUGGUGGCGAUGGUGCCGAUGGAUCCAGUGAUAGUUUAGACACUUUACUCUUACAAAAUGCACAACUACAGCGAACAGUAGACGAGUAUAAAAUCAUUGUGGCAGAUACGGAGGUCGUGCUGAAGAAUCUGGAGCUAAAGGUGAAGGAGCAGGAUGCGUAUUGGCGUAAAGUUGUGGAGACGAAAGAUGAGGAACUACAAGGACUGAAGAUAUCAUCAACAUGUCAGCCAAUCAACUCAGAUUAGGCUGCAAAACGGAUGGAGAAUUAUACAUUUAGAAAGAGAAUAGGAGAUGAGAAAAUUUAUACGUAGAAAUUGACGAGACAGAAAUUUAAAAAAAAAAAAAAGAAAUUAGAGUGCACUGUAAAGAAAAAGUGUCAAUGUAUUUUUCUUCAUGUUGAAAAAAAAGGAAACACCACUAAUCAAUAACUAAUUAUUAUCUGAGAGAAGAAAAACGGUUAAAUCAAGUGUUGAUAAAAAAAAGAACAAAUUAGAAACAUUUCGAAUUGCAGAUUUGUUUGCGCCUUCCAUUUUAUUAUAUAUAAAGAAAAAAUAAAAAAAAAUAAAUAAAUAAAUGAAAUAGAGAGAAAUUGGAGACAGAAAAUUAUUAGGAUUGUGACAGGAUGGCUAGACGGAAAAGAUAGAGGAUGAUAAUGAGAUAAAUUAUGAUUGUGUUAAUCCAAUAAGAAAUAGCAAUUAACAAAUUAUACAUUUACUAAAGGAACAACAUAAUAUUUGACAUUUAAGGACAAUUUAAAAAAAAAAAGUGAAAAUGAGAUGAAGAGAGAGAGAGAAAAAACGAUAUUUUAAUUUAUAUUUUUCAUAAAAAAAGCAACCAGUCGAUAACCAACAUAUUUUUUUAUAAGUAAAAAAAACUAUAUAUAAAUAUAUAUUAAUCUUAAUAUAAAAGAAGAAAAAGUGAGAAAAAAAAUAUGCAAAACUAGGAGAUUUUUUUGAUUUGUGCAAUUGGGAUCUUAUUUGUUUAUUUAUAAUUUUGCUAAAAUAAGGAUUCAGGUGGUGCGAAAUGAAAUCAGUUAAUAAAGAGAGAUUUAAGAAAAAAAAACAAACAAUAGAAAAUAGAAAAAAAAAUAAUAGAAAAAAAACUUGUGCUAACCAGAUCCACUAGCCAAAAAGUUUUGGUGUUACAGAGAAAUAGUAAUAAUAAAAAAAAGAAAGAAAUACAUUUUCAAUAAUAUUAACAAUACUUUCCUGUAGACAUUGAAUCAGUGGAAUACUCUGGAUGACCACUCUAAAGAAUCUAUUGAGAAAUUACCUUAAGAAUCUUAGAAGACCCCAUUUUCGUUAAGCGAUUUAUUAACAAUUUAAGUAAAAAAAAAAAGAAAAUAUGACAAGUUAGUGAAACUUUUGAGCUCUUUCUCUUUUCCUUUCAACGAGAAAAAGUAAUAAAGUUAAUAACAGUUUUCUCUUUAAGUUUCUAUUUUUUUCCUCUUUAUUUUUUAAUUUAACUUUUUGCUGUUGAAGAAAGAAAAUUUCAUGAAGGAAAACAAGAAAAUAUUUAAUAAAAUUUUUAGAGAGCAGAAAAUAUUUAAUAAGUUUAUCUAACCAAUAUUUUUACUACGUAAAUGAAGAAAAAAAAAGAGAUUGAGUAAGUUAAAAAAAAAAGAUUAAUUCCAUUCCGACGAAGCGGUGAAUAAUGGAUUUUGCUAAAAAAAAAUGAGAUUGAGGGAAGAAACAAAUGUAAAAAUUAAUAAUAAAGAACACGAUUCGAUAAGUA